UACAGCGUCUUCCAUAGUUUAGUAAGCUCUUGCUUGGUACUUUGCUGGAAAGCGAAUCUGAGAUUUGUAGCUUUUAGAGGUUUAGUUUUGCUCGGAAAGACUUUACUUAAAAGACUUUGUUAAGUUCGUACGUGAGUGAGUGAUAACACGAGGACUGAAGGAAUGUCCUGAAUCACGCAAACAACAUGUGCAUUUAUAUCGAUAUUGCUUCUUUCUAAAGGAGUCUUCUUCUUUAAAGAUUAGUCCGAAACAUCACUUAAAUCUCUCCGUGUUUUCCGGUCCCUGGAUCAGCCUUUGUCUUGGUCCCUCUUGUUCUUCUUCAUUUAGAACAAAUAAAAAAAACUCAAAGAUUCGAUCUUUGUAUGCCUUUUUCCAUUAGAAAGUGGGGGGAGGUGUUUUUUAGGCGGCCAAUGGGUGAGGCGCAGCAGAAGACUAUUCAAGGGCCACGUCACCACACAUCUCUCAAGAAGCCCUUAUGGCUCGUCUUAACAGUUUCAGUGAUCAGCAUGCUUCUCAUCAGUACUCACAUGUUCCCACCACAAGGCAAACGCUCCUCCUCUCAUACUCUCUCUUCCUGGCUACCGGUUCAUGUCAGGAAACACACCGAUGAGGAGGUAGCAGCUAGAGCAGUGGUCAGAGAGAUACUUAAAACCCCUCCCUUCAUUACCCCAAACUCCAAAAUCGCUUUCUUGUUUUUGACUCCUGGUACUUUGCCGUUUGAGAAGCUCUGGGAUGAGUUCUUCAAGGGUCAUGAAGGGAAGUUCACUAUUUACAUCCACCCGUCAAAGGAAAGGCCAGUUCAUAUCAGCCGUCACUUUUCUGAUAGGGAGAUUCAUAGUGAUGAGGUCACUUGGGGAAGGAUCUCAAUGGUUGAUGCUGAGAAGCGGUUACUUGUUAAUGCUCUUGAAGAUCCUGAUAACCAACACUUUGUUCUCCUUUCUGAGAGUUGUAUACCGUUGCAUACUUUUGAUUACACUUAUAGAUAUUUGCUGCACUCCAACGUCAGCUUCAUUGAGAGUUUUGUGGAUCCUGGUCAACAUGGGACUGGUAGACAUAUGGAACACAUGUUACCUGAAAUAGCAAAGGAAGAUUUUAGAAAGGGUGCUCAGUGGUUCACAAUGAAGCGGCAACACGCUAUUAUAGUGAUGGCUGAUGGUCUCUACUACUCAAAAUUCCGCGAGUACUGUGGACCAGGGAUAGAGGCAGACAAGAACUGUAUUGCAGAUGAACAUUACUUGCCAACAUUCUUCAGUAUGCUUGAUCCCAUGGGGAUAUCGAACUGGUCAGUGACGUAUGUUGAUUGGUCUGAAAGAAGGUGGCAUCCAAAGACUUACACAACAAAUGAGAUUUCAUUAGAGUUCAUGAAAAAUGUCACGUCAGAGGAUAUGAGUACACACGUCACAAGUGUGGGAGAGCAUGGAGAUGAGCUGCAUUGGCCUUGUACAUGGAACGGGAUCACACGGCCAUGUUAUCUGUUUGCAAGGAAGUUUCAUCCUGAUGCUCUCGACACGUUGGUCAACCUCUUCCCUAACUACACAAGCACAGCUCUCUGAGAGAGGAGGAUUCUUGAGGCGAAACACUCUCAAUUCUUGGACCUAAUUAAUAUUCUUGGCUCUCUUAGAUACUGUAAAUUUUUUGAAAAAAAAAAAAAACUGAAACAAUUCUUGGAAGUUGAUGCUUAUACGCAAUUAGAUCAGAAAGUUUUGGUUAAAGAAUUUCAUUUUGGUUC